AUGCUAUCAAAAUAACAAUAAUAAUUGUAAGAGAUAGUAUCUCAGAGCAUAUUGAAGAAAUCUGCGACGAAGACAUCAUAAAAAUUGAGUUAGUCAUUUAAUCCUAAUGGAUUGAUAGGUUAAUCAUUGAGUCCUACUCAGAAAACAAAUUAAAGUAUGGGAUUAAAAAAAGGGAACAAUUUAAAAUAGUAUCAAUAAGAUUUGCUUAAAUUGAUGACAAGCCAUAAACAAUUAUAAUCUGGCACUAAAAAAGCCAAUAUGUCAGAUCUGAUGAGUUAAUAAAAGGAUUCCAAGAGAAUCUCUUCUGGAAAUAGUCAGCCUCAGAAAUCCCAGAACUCGAAUAAAAUUAGUUUUGUUAAUCCAGCUAGUUAGAUUAUUAUAAUUGUUAAUCAUGAAAAUCAACAAAUCAAAUUUAGCAUAGAUCCUCAAAAAUCAACGGGAUGGUUAGAAGAAUACUUGAAAUAAGAAGUAAAGAAACAUUCUAUUCACCAAUAUUCAUCUACAGGAUCUUAACCUGACGAAAGAAAGGUAACUUGUGGAACAGGCAAUGAGUCAUCAGAUUUGGAAAUAGUGUCAUUUAAUACAGUUGAUAAGAACUUACCAAUCGAUUACUAUUUGCAACAAGCAAAUAAAAGUUUAGAAAUUUUUAGUGGAUAGACACUAAAUCUCUAGCCCUUUUAUGGAACUCCUCAAUAAAGUAAAAUAACUUUGAAGGAUUUUAUAUUUGUAAAAUGUAUAGGAGUGGGAGGAUUUUCCAGGGUUUAUAUGGUAAAGAAAAAGUCAAAUGGAAGAUUCUAUGCAAUGAAAUUAAUUGAUAAGGAAUUCAUAAUCCAACAUAAAAAACAAGGGAUCGUAUAAAAUGAGAGAGACAUAAUGACUGUGCUUGAUCACCCUUUUAUAAUAAAAUUGGAAUAUGCAUUUGAAUCCAAAAAUUUUAUUGUCUUCGUUUUAGAAUUUUGCAGCGGAGGGGAAUUGUUUUGGCAAUUAAGAUAAGUGAAGAGAAUGACAGAAGAUCAAGCUCGGUUUUAUUUUACAGAAAUUUGUUUGGCUAUGUUUUAUCUACAUUCACUGUCAGUGGUAUACAGAGAUAUCAAACCAGAAAAUAUCUUAAUUGACAUUGAUGGUCACAUAAGAAUUGCAGACUUCGGUCUAUCCAAGCCUAAUAUGACAGAAGAAGACUAUGCCUAUAGUUUUUGUGGAUCUCCUGAAUACAUGGCUCCGGAAAUGCUGUUGAAAGUGGGACAUAAUGUACAGGUAGACCACUACUGUAUGGGUGCUUUGCUCUUUGAAUUAGUUACAGGAUUGCCUCCUUAUUAUUCAAGAGACACUGAUGAAAUUUAUGAAUCAAUCCUCAAUGAAGAAUUAACAUUCCCUGAGAAGUUAAAUUUAUCACCAGAAAUCAAGGACUUGCUCUAAGGAUUACUAUGCAAAUAACCAUCAGAGAGAUUGGGAGCGAAUAAAGGAUUAACUGAAUUGCUGACUCAUGCUUGGUUUAAAGAUGUGGAUUUGGUGGCAAUUUUACAAAAAUAGAUCCCGCCUCCAUUCAAACCUAAUUAAUUGAAAUUCAAUUAUGACUCAAAUGAUUUAAUGAAGGGGGAAUUGGAAACAAGAGAAAAGCUUUUGGGGAAAACAGGCCUGCAAUAAGAAAUAAGAAUAUUUAAGGCAUUCUACUUUGAUUCUUAUGAAUAAAAAUAGAUGAAAACAGAACAGGCUAAAAUUCUAUAACAACACUUUAUGAUGGUGACUUAAUAAUAAUUAGCAUUAAAUCAAAAGUUUAAACCCAAAAGAAAAAGCACUGAGCCGAAGGAACAUCAAUCGAAACCUGCAUCUCCAUAAACUAGGAAUCAAAAAUAAUAGAAAUUCACGCCAGAGUAAUUCUAAUCUCUUUAGAAAAGAAUAAAAUCUUAGUAUAUAUUGAGUUCUAAAAUAGAUAAUCAUCUAUGA